CAGCGGAACAGUAAACGCCUAGGCCCACCACCCUCCCACUAAAUGCAGCAUUGGCAGAGAAAGUAGUUGUUCAGGAAGCCCUUCAAGCAAAAUGCCGACGGUCAGCGUUGGAAGAGACAAACUCAAUGCAGCAUUGGGCCACAACUAUUCGGAGAAGGAGUUCGACGAGUUGUGUUUUGAGUUCGGAAUCGAACUUGAUGAUGUGACCUCCGAGAAGGACAUCCUUCGGAAGGAGAAAAAGCUCGAAGACAGUCAGUUGAUGGACGUAAGCGAUGAGGUGCUCUACAAGAUUGAUGUACCAGCAAACAGGUACGAUCUCCUGUGCUUAGAGGGCCUCUCCCGAGCGCUGCGCGUCUUCCUGGGGGAGGAGCCGGUGCCCGUCUUCCGGUUGGCUGACCCAGGUGCUGGCCGGCGCCAGAGACUGGUGGUCCACCCAGAGACUGCCCUGAUCCGGCCGUUUGUGGUUGCCGCCAUUCUGCGUGGCGUCAGCUUCGACGAUGCCCAGUACGCCAGCUUCAUCGACCUACAGGACAAGCUGCACCAAAACAUCUGCCGGCGGCGCUCCCUUGUCGCCAUUGGCACACAUGAUCUGGACACCUUGCAAGGGCCCUUUACGUAUGAGGCUCUUCCUCCAGCGGACAUCAAGUUCGUACCCCUCAAACAGAAGAAAGAGUUUACGGCAGCCGAGUUGAUGACCUUCUACCAGAGCGACAACAAGCUCAAAAAGUUCUUGCACAUCAUCAGCGAUUCGGUCGUGUUCCCCGUCAUCUACGACAGCAACAGGACGGUGCUCUCGCUGCCCCCCAUCAUCAACGGCGCGCACUCCGCCAUCAGCACGCGUACCAAGAACGUGUUCAUUGAGUGCACCGCCACUGACCUCACCAAGGCCAAGAUCGUGCUCAACACCAUGGUAACCAUGUUCUCGGAGCUGUGUGCGGACAAGUUUGCGGUGGAGCCGGUGGAGGUGCAGGACGCGAGCGGGAGCGUGCGGCUGUACCCGGACCUGGCAGAGUACGUGGUGGCCACCGACACGAACUACGUCAACAAAUACAUCGGCCUCGACCUGCAACCGAACCAGGUGGGCACGUUGCUGAACCGCAUGCAGCUCAAGACGGACGUGCUGCCCGAGGGGAAGCUCCGCGUGCACGUGCCCCCCCAGAGGAGCGACAUCCUGCACCCCGUCGACGUGGCGGAGGACGUUGCCAUCGCUCACGGCUUUAACAACAUCCCCAAAACGCGGCCGACUGCCUCGACGGUGGGGCGGGAACAGCCGCUCAACGCCUUCAGCGACCUGCUGCGGCUCGAGGUGGCGCUGGCGGGCUUCACGGAGGUGCUGACGUGGGUGCUGCACAGCCACGAAGAAAACUUUGCGGCCAUGAACCUGCGCGACGACGGGAAGACCGCAGUCAUCGUUGGCAACCCGCGCUCAGCAGACUUCGAGCUCGCACGAAGCAGCCUGCUGCCCAGCCUGCUCAAGACGGUCGGCAGCAACAAAGACGCGCCUCUCCCCAUCAAGUUGUUUGAGAUCUCGGACGUCGUGUUGUUGGACGAUCAGCACGAGGUGGGCGCGCGCAAUGAGCGGCGACUGGUGGCCCUCCACUCCAACCUCACCUCCGGCUUCGAAGUGAUCCACGGGCUGGUGGACCGCGUGCUGGAGAUGGUCGGGGUGGACCUCGCGGCCGCAGCGCAGACGGGGGACUACGUCAUCCGGCCGUCGAGCGCGCCCACCUUCUUCCCAGGGCGCCAGGCGGACGUGUUCUACCGGAAAAAGCACAUAGGCACCUUCGGGAUCAUCCAUCCAGAGGUACUGGAACACUUCGACAUCCAGACCCCAUGCUCGGCUCUAGAGAUUCGAAUAGAGGACUUUCUGGAGGUGUAAGGUGUUUCAAUUGUUGCCGUAGAGGUCGCCUAGUGCUCGAGCCAAGAAUGCCAACAAAUGAGUUCUCCAUUAUUGCGGACAUCAGGAAACC